CUUGAACACACAACUGGCGACAUAGAGAUAGAUACUGAAGAAAAACUGAAAAGGCUAUAGGAGAGAUGUCCGCAUUUUUUCAGCUAUUAAGGAAGAGGAAAGAGCUGAUCCCGCUAAUUGGGUUCGUGGGUAUGGCGGCAGGUGGGGCAGCCUGUGCAUCAAUCUACUUCUUAUUAACCAAGACUGAUGUAGUAAUUAAUCGGUCGGGGCCAGAACCUUGGGAGAGGAUAGAUCCAUCCAAACCACAAAAGUUCAUAACCAUUAACCAGCAGUGGAAGCCAGUGCCAGAGCUGGAGUAUGUGAAGAGCCUGACCAAGUGAACUCACCAUCAGCACACGCACACACACACACACACACACACACACACACACACACACACACACACACACACACAUAACAGUACAAAACCCACCUCCACAUGCAUCUGCACCAAUCGGAAUUGUGCUCACCAAUCUGGAAUUCAUCUGCACCAAUAGGAACCCUCCUCACCUGUCUGGGGGGAUACACCUGCACCAAUCAGCAUUCUCCAUCCUCACCAGUCUGAUGGAAACCUUUCCGCACUGACUAUCGCUCAUGGGCCACCAGUGUGCGGAAAAGCUUCUGUUAAAUUGGUGGGUCAAUCACAGCCUUAACUUGAGUGCAGUUUUCUUUAUGCAUGCAUGCAGCAGGACUAUGCCUUCUAUCUGUAUUUAUUUAUAGAAAUGCCCACAAUGCAUAUUUUCAUGUAAGUUGGCGUA